AUGUAUCCAGACCCAAAAAGAGAAGGCAGACGAAGAAGAGCAGAACAAUCACAAGGCAACCACACUAUAGAGAUAACAGGGGACAACUUGGAAGAUCUUCUGGCUUAUGAUGACUGGUUUUUGGAUUAUUUUAAUUGUUUUCUGACAUUGCCGGUUUUCCCUCAGGCGUUGGUGUACAACAGAUUAACUGGUGCUUUUGACAAGAUAGAAAGUCAACGCCGUGAACUUACAUCAGAAUUAUCAUCAAACAGUCCAGUUUUUCAGUAUGGUCCCACAGAUGCAGAACGUGACAGCAUGUUGGAAUGGGCAAGAACAGAAAGACUACCCCUCUUCCUUCAGGCCCAGCUAUUUAGGGAACUUAAAAUAGUGAAACUGUUGCUUAGACCACUUGACAGUCGCUCGGCAAGUCGUAACAGUAGCAGGAAUUUACGGGGUUACAGUCGUGGCACAGAGAGCUAUAUAUCUGGUUUCAGUGUCAGUGGAGAUAAUAAUGGUCAUGAUAUUUGUGAUGAAGAUAUUUGGGGUGACCCGCACUACAGUGCCCUCUACCGCUAUCAACGACCUGGAAGUCGAGCUCUUUCCUUGCCUACAAUGACCCUGUUUG